AUGAGGCAAUACCCCAACGAUUAUCGAGGAAAUAUGGAUACCUCGGAGCUUGAUCCAUGCUUAGCUGCAGAAUCCAGAAUGAAGAAGAGCGUUUUGAGUAAUAAAAUGAAAAAAAUACUUCUUUUCGUAGCUAUUCUCCUUAUUCUUUUCCUAGUACUUGGUCUUCUCAUCAUCAUUUUGACACGAAAAGAUGAAUCGGAACAUAACGUCGACUAUGAAGAACUCGAAGCUCCAUCGGAAGAAUCACGAGAGCCAUUGAAAGGAGGCAGCAUGUUUGGUAAUAAGAAUAAUCACAACGCUAAUGAGCCCAGGAUUAUCACUACUCAUGUCCCGCCGUCUUUCAAUAGGCAAUCUACGACUCGUGCAAGCAUAGUGCAUAUCAACGUCCAAACGACUGAAAAGCCCAAAACUACCCAGAGACUUUACACAAAGGCGCGCACUACGACCACGACUACUUCAACGACCACAACAUCUACAACUACGUCUACUACAACCACUACCACCCCAGUUCCUACAACACAGAAGACAUAUAAAGAUCCCCGACCAACUAUUGUGUCGCAUACUCCUCUUUCCACCUCUGUACGGAAGAAUUGUUUGGAACACAAAGUAGAGAAUCUCGGAUCUGGGAUUUAUCUGAUUUCCCCUGAUGGCAAAGGCAGAUAUCAAGCUUUCUGUGACAUGGAGACAGAUGGAGGAGGAUGGACCGUUAUUCAAAAACGAGUUGACGGUAACAUGCCAUUCUAUAAUAGAACAUAUAACGAAUACGCCGUUGGUUUUGGAGAUCUAGCAUCUUCUCAUUGGCUGGGUUUGGAUAUUAUUAAUGCUUUGGCUCCCUCAGAUAGACCUUUAUGGGCAUUACGUAUAGAACUCAGAGGUGACACAUGUGAACAAUGUAGUUUCCAACCUGAUGGUUAUUGGUGGGGCGAAUGGGACUUCGGGCUAGGAGAUGCAGCUUCAAGUUAUAAGUUAUCUGUCAGUGAUUACCAGAUCAACGGUAAUUUAUCAGCGCCCGGAAAGGCGAGGAAGGUUUAUUGGGAGCAGAUGAGUAACGACAUGGCCUUCACAGCCAUUGAUAGAGACAAUGACAUGGAACCUUCAUCCAAUUGUGCUCAGCUUCGGAACUAUGGGGGCUGGUGGCAUAACAGCUGUACAACAAUGGCUUUAAAUGGAAUGUACGGAGAUAAAUCAAAAAAACUUCGUUAUCUAGUUUAUCAAUUCGAAGUUCCCGCUCAUAGUGGGCAACCGCCUCUUUACUUCAUUCAUCCUCGACAAACAGUUAUGAUGAUCCGCCCGAAGUAUGAUACCUAA